UCUAUUCAAUUAUGCUCUCAUUUAAUUCACGGUCAUGGAGCUAGUAACAUUAUCAUCAUUAUAACAACGAACUUUUACUAGCUAGUUUCUAUUUUACGUUCGAUAAAAUUAUUUAUUCUUACAAUUUAGAUAAAUCUUACAAACGAAAUAAGAAGAUAAUUGUUAAAAUUGUGCCAUAAUGGAAUUCAUAUAUUUACUAUCAGUAUGUCUUUGUGCAUUAAUGUCCAUGUGUCAAAGUCUAGCCGUAGACAAACCUAACGCGGAUCUGCCGGCACCAAAUCUCUGGAAAUUCGAAAGUAUAGACGAUCCUGCGAACAAGAGCACAGCGCAGAGGCUAACCUGGACAGCAGUAGACAGUGGUGAUGAACAGGAUCCAGUGAUUGGUUACAAGGUUAAAGUAUGGGAGGUGAAUAAAGUAAAGACGAUCGUCUACAAGAGUCAAGGAGGUAAAUUUGUAGCGACUGAAAUAGAAGAGUACCCGAGGAUGUCAAGCAAUGUGAUUCCGGAGAGCUCUCCAACAGUUUUGGUAGUACCAAGUAACGAGACAACAGCGGUGUACCCAGUGAAGGUCGACGUGAUGUACCAGUUCGCUGUACUGGCGUUUACGAAGACCAGGGAAGGUCCACUGUCAUCUCCCACACACAUCAGACUGCAUCCCACGGAGGACGAUUUGAAAUCAGGGUCAGUUUAA